UUUCCGACUAAAUCUCAUUUUAGUCAAACUGGUUGAUCGACAUUGCACCACGUCCUUAUAGAAAACAAAAUACAGAACAGCACUCGGCCGUAGUUCCUGCUCGUGACCUUAAGUAAUUGCCCAACUUUAAAAUCGGAACUAAGAAACUGGUAACAGCUUGGAACGCUGCAUUAGAGAAUUUCCGUAUACAGACUGGUGUGGUCUAGGCAUAGGGUCUAGGCUAGGCUAGGGCAGUGCGACAGCGUCUUAUUGACAUUUUGGCACUUGAAAGACUAUUUAUGAAAGUGCAUGUGCUCUUUAUCGGUUUGUAGGAACUGUUCUGACAUCGUAAUAAAUCACUUAACAAUCAGUAUGUUACUGACAAUGUCACAAGAUCGCUCCAGAGCAUUUUUGAGAAUAAGCGUCUGUAACGUCUGAGUGAAAUGCGACAGACCGCGCUGUCCAAGUGCUCCCUGAACUACUUACACCCUUGUUCCAGGAGGUAGCCGUUAAGCAAGACAAGUCAGGCCCAAGAUGUUGAGAAGCUGGGGACUCAUCGGUGGAAUAGUGGCAGCCAUGGCAGCUGGUGUUUAUGUAUUGUGGGGACCUAUUUCAGACAAAAAGAAGAUGAGAAAAGGUUUAGUGCCUGGCUUGUUGAAUUUGGGGAAUACUUGCUUCCUGAAUGCUUUACUUCAAGGCUUGGCAUCAUGCCCCUCCUUUAUAAGAUGGCUUCAGGAGUUUUCAGAAAGAGGGCAGGGCAGGCUUGAAAGGGGGCUGUCCACAACUCUGCUGCAGCUGCUCAGAGCUCUGUCCAGCCAUAAUCCCAUAGAUGAUGAUGUUUUGGAUGCCGGGUGCCUCCUAGAUGUCCUAAGACUCCACAGAUGGCAUAUCAGCUUAUUUGAAGAGCAGGAUGCUCACGAGCUCUUCCAUGUUCUUACUUCCUCACUGGAGGAGGAGCGUGAUCCCCAGACCACAGUCAUCCAUUUGUUUGAUAUGGAAUCUCUGGAGAGUUCCUCAGAAUCAAGAGAAAAUAGUUUAUCCUGUAGAGGUCGAGGACCACUGCAUUCCAUUCCAAAUCUGUGGAGGAACCAGCACCCUUUUCAUGGCCGGCUUAUGAGUUAUAUGGCGUGCAAGCAUUGCAAACAACAGAGCCCAGUUCGAUAUGACUCAUUUGACAGCCUAUCCCUCACUAUUCCCUCAGUGCUGUUGGGUCGAACCAUCACUUUAGACCAGUGUCUGCAACAUUUCAUCUCAUCAGAAACCAUCAGAGAAGUGGAAUGUGUAAAUUGCACAAAGAUGCAAGCAGCUGAGUCUUUGAAUGGUGAAAGUCAGAGGACAACUUUCAUUAAGCAGCUGAAACUUGGCAAGCUCCCCCAGUGCCUUUGCAUCCACUUGCAGAGGUUGACUUGGUCCAGUGAGGGCACACCUAUCAAGAGGCAGGAGCAUGUACACUUCACAGAGUAUUUGUCCAUGGAUUGUUAUAAGCACAGUGCUUCAAGCCUCCAGCAGACAAAUGACAUUACCCAAUCUGUUCAUUCCCAGAACAGUGCCAUAGAGUACAGCAACUUAAAGCCUGGGUCCACAGGACCCUUUCCUUCAGUUUUUCUGCAUUCUCCAACUUUAAGCCAUCCAUCCAACUUCGUACAUGACUACAGGUGCUCGGAAUACCUCUUCAGAUUGACAGCAGUUGUAGUUCACCAUGGUGAUAUGCAUUCUGGACACUUUGUUACCUACAGACGUUGUCCAGCUUCUCCUCACUGCCCAUCUUCAUUCAGUUCUCAGUGGUUAUGGGUGUCUGAUGACUCUGUCCGUAAGGCCAGCCUGCAUGAGGCACUGUCAUCAAGUGCUUACCUUCUGUUCUAUGAAAGAGUCUGUAAGCCCACCCUCCAGACAGAGGAGUAGGAGCUGGUGGUCAAAGGAAGCGUGAUCAUUAAAUUAUUUUGGACCAAAACACCUUGUGUGCCACUGGGAAAAAGCCCUCCCUGUCUGUCAUGGUGUAUCAUUUCACAGAUGUACUAAUUUCUGUAAAAUCUUGUUACAUGUCAGUCUUACAAAUAUAAGUAUGCAUUACAAUUUUCACAGCAUCCAUGAUGCACGUUAACCAUUUGAACAAGUUCCCUUGUCAGGGAGAUCCGUGACCUCACAUUACCAAAUAACACUGAAACAGACAAGUAGAUCUGAGCCUACAUAAUUACCUAGGACAUGAAAAAGUUUAUUGUGCUCUUGUGAGGUAACAUGUCUACAUAGUUGUCUCAGAUGUAUCAGGCAGGCAUACUCUGUUUCUAAUAAUGUUGUCCCACAAGCCAGGCAUUAGAUUACUGAGUAUUAUGGGACAAAUUGCAUCUUAAACUGCCAAACCACAUGGGGCUAAUGGGUCUUAAACAAAUUGUCUUGACUUAAAGUCCAACCACAGAGCAUUGCUUUUGUUUGUUCUGAAAUGAAGCGUCUGAUAUGAAGUUGUUUUUGUUUAAGUAUGUUAAUUGUGGUUGCUGCAUAAUUACUCAAUUCUGACGGGACAAAUUAGUGGCACACUUAAAAUCAUUUUGAAAUCUGCACACUUUCUUCUACCAGUUCAGCAAUUUACCAUGUUAUAUUUUGUGAAAUCAGUGUAUUUUCCUUUUUACCAUUAUAGGGUAAACCUGGUCAUCUCCAUGACUGUGCAAAGUCAAAGCGCUAAAUAAACUUUUUUUAAAACAUAAAA